AAAGGACUGUACCAAAUAAACAGGACUGUACCAAAAAAGACUGUAUUUAAAAGGUAUCCAAAAACACAGCACACCACAAAACAGGACUGUACCGAGUUCAGACAUUUUAUGAAGCAUAUAUUUUAAGUAUUUUAUAAAUUUUAGAGCUAUGUUUCACAGAUUUUGACAGAUGGCACAAUGUCGAUAUCGAUACUGAAACCUUGAGUAUCAGCCGAUAAAGAUACCGGUUCUGUUUUCUUUAACUGAAGCACUUAAACUCUUUCAACAAACAUCACUUACAUUGUAAUUAUAAUAAAUACAUUGAAGUAUAAAUGUAAUAAAAUGAAUACUAACAAAAGAAGAAAAGUCGAGUCUCUGUAUAUGUAAACAUUUCCAGCUCCAAAUAUAAUUUCUAUAUUUCUAUAUUUCUAUUUCUUUAUAAAUAUUGAUAAUGAUAUUGUUAUUGCUCAGACAGACAUGGUGUCAGAUUUUUUUACCCAUUCCCUCCGUCCCUGCCUGUGUGGCAUCAGGGUCACUGAUCAUCAGAGUGUCCUGUCUCAUCCACAAAGGACAACCUUGGUGUUGCUGUAGGUUUUCAUUCCAACCAUUCAGAAGUCACACCUGAGCUCACCUGUUUAAUCUCGGCCUUCAGGUGUGACUGCUGCUUGGCUGGAACAAAAACCUGCAGCAACACGGACAUACAGAGUGUAAACGGAUAAAAAUGACGGGAAUCUCUUUAAUUAAUAAAAAAAAAUGUAACUGUUGGUAAAUUCCUGUGGUAUAAGAGGAAUAAAACACUCUGGGACACGCUGUUCACGGAAAAUAAUCAUGCUAGGUGGACAGGCUUCAGGAACACAAAACAGAAACAUAUUUCUAUUGCACAUGAAGAAAACAGAUGUGCAUCACAUGGUAUAACCACAGCAAACUGAGAGACAGACAGCGAGAGCAUCCAUUCAGUGUGAGUGUUAAUCAGAACCAUGGAGGUGAUCGAGAAUGCCAGCGAUUCUGAGAGCAUCUACAUGAACGUGGAGGAGGCUCAGAAGACUUCUGAUCAGAAUGAACUCUACAGCAACAUCUGCCUGAACACAACAACCGAGAUUCCAGGUUCUGCAGGUGCUCGUGAAAGGAGAAAAGUGAACUUCAGUAACACGGCUGCAGUGGUUCUGGGGUUCCUGUGUGUUCUCCUGCUGGCUGUAAUCACUGUGCUGUGUAUAAAACACAACAAAGAGAUGCAUCAGAUACAGAGCAGUAAUGACAACAUCACAGUAGAGAGAGACCAGUUACAGAGCAGGUAUAACAUCAUGAGAGUAGAGAGAGACCAGUUACAGAGCAGGUAUAACAUCAUGAGAGUAGAGAGAGACCAGUUACAGAGCAGGUAUAACAUCAUAAACAUGGAGAAAAAUGGAUUACUGAACCUGAACAACAAACUGACUUCCGAGAAAAGCCAGUUACAGAGCAGCUACAACGCUCUGAAUUCUGAGAGGGACACGCUGCAGAAGACGCUUACUGAAAUAGCUUCUUGUCCUUAUGGAUGGACGAGGUUCUUGUCCAGCUGUUACCGCGUCUCCUCCUCUCUAAAACCCUGGGUAGAGAGCAGACAGGACUGCAGAACGACAGGAGCCGAUCUGGUGAUCAUCAACAGCAGAGAAGAACAGCAAUUUGUUUCUGGCCUAAGAAGGAAUUUAUGGAUUGGACUGACUGAUAUUGAGCAGGAGGGACAGUGGAAAUGGGUGGAUAACACAUCUCUGGAGUCUGGGUACUGGAUGAACAACGAGCCGAAUAAUGUUCAGUAUCGUUUUGGUGAUGAGGACUGUGCUCAGGUUGUCUCCCUCAGUCCAGCAAUAUCCAGCUGGAAUGAUUUUCCAUGCAGCAGUGGUCUUUAUGGGCUAUGUGAAAAGAAGAUUCGGUGCAGCACUCAAUAACGGCUCAAAUAUCUUCCAUUUAUCCAUUAUCCUUUUAUCUUCCCUCAUACUGCUGUAUGCUUCUAUCUGUGCAGGACUCUUAUAAUCUUCAUGUCUAUAGCAGGGUACAAAAAUGUGACAUUGUUUUCAUUUCAGUUCU